GAAGACGAUGCUAUCUAUGAUCCUCUGUGGAAUCUUUUAUCUGUCAGCUGUGGUCCAGGUGGGCGCAGUCGAACAGGAAGCUGGUGUAAAAUUUGCUGCUGUUGGGGAGAACGUGACGUUACGUUGCUCCUACAGCAGUCAGUCAGCGAUGCACUUCUCCUGGUACAGACAAGCCUUAGGAGGAAGACCUGAGCUCCUGUCUAAUAUUUACAAAUAUGAGAAACCAUCCCAAGUCUUCCACUGGUUGGAGAAGAAUCCUCGAUUCUCUGUGGAGAGACGUGAGGGGAUGAAUCAUUUACACAUCUCUGACGUCCAGCUCUCAGAUUCAGCUACUUACUUCUGUGGAAGCUCCCACAAUAACAUGAUGGAGUUUGGAGAAGGAGUCUUCCUCAGUGUUGAAGGAGCAAACCACUGGGAAAUAUUCCAACAACCAGCAUCUGAGACCAUCCACCCCGGUGGUUCUGUCACCUUCCACUGUUCAGUCCACACUGGUACCUGUGAUGGAGGACACACCGUCUACUGGGUCAGUCAUGGAUCUCACCAUGGAGUCCUCCACACACACAGGAACCAGUGUGAACCCGCCUCUGCUCCAGAGUCGUCUUCACAGAGUUGUGUCUACCGUUUGCAGAAGAAGAACCUGAGCUUCUCUGAUGCUGGGAACUAUUACUGCGCUGUGGCCUCCUGUGGGAAGAUCAUGUUCGGCAAUGGCAGCCUGCUGCUCAUUAGACAUGAUGCUGAAGACACAGUUUGUCACAUUAACACCUUAGUCUGGCUCUCCAUCAUUAGAGCUGGGGUUCUGAUGCUCUUUCUAACCAUUUGUCUCUGUGUUUUCAUCUCAAAGACCAAAAUGUCCGAGUAGAAAUAUCUGUUAAAGACAAAAUAUAUCAUGAAGACAGAUUACAUGAAGGGAACGUGCUGUAGAUACUCAGUCAAGUUUGCUGAGCUUUGCUUAAUUAAACAGUGUAAAUGUAACCAAGCUGUUGUUUCUGUGAUGUCUGUUAUUAUAAAACACCACCACUUACAUUUGCCUCUAUUUUGCU